AUGCAUACGGCGUUCGACUGCGCGCCGCUGCUCACGGGCAUCAAGCCACGCCCAGAAGCCAUCACCACCCACGCAGGCAAACUUUACAUCGGCUCCUCCACCGGCUCGCUCGCAGUCUACAAGACCCACCCGGCGUCGCCAACCGCCUCGGGCUCGGAGCCGGUGCAGCAUGCGCACAACUUUGCGCGCAGACAGAUCGACCAGCUCGGCGUCGUCAAGGAGGCCAACGUGCUCGUGUCGCUCUCGGACGCGUGCGUGGCGCUGCACGAUCUGUCGACGCUCGAACUGCGCACGCAGCUCACGCAGACCAAAGGCGCCACGACGUUCGGCAUCGACACGUCCAUCCAGAAACGCGUCGCUCCUGCCACUCCGGACUAUGGACCGGGCCCGCUGGGUGCACGUGCGACCAAGAGGGCAGGCGCUCCGUGGGGCACGACGGCGACGGUGAGCCGCGCAUUCAAGCCGGGCGCUGUGGGCGACCAGACCCAGUCGGGUGCAGGCGGCGCAAUGGGCAUGGGCACCCAGACGCAGCGGAACCGAUCGAGCGUCUUCGACGUGCCCUCGAAGGACUGGCAGACAGCGAGCAUGCGCGGUAUGGACGCCAUGGUCAAGUACCGCGAGGAGGAGCGCCGAAAGGCCAUGGAGGGCGCGCGGUUCGGCGGCGCCGCAGCCGACGCACAGGGCCAGGAGGGCGUCAUGACGCUCGUCACCGUGCUCGCUGUCGGCGUCAAGCGCAAGCUCCUCCUCUUCCGUUGGGUCGACGGCGAGUUCUGGGAUACAAGAGAGGUGGCGCUGCAGCAUACACCACGAAGCCUCGCGUUCGUCACGCCCACGCGCCUCUUCAUGGGCUACAACGCCGCAGAGUACGGCACCAUCGCCAUCCCGCUCGCGGCCGAGUCGACUGUGGCGUACACGCAUCCGUCGUCGGCGUACGGCAGCGCAGAAGCGAGCCUCCGCCGCGGCGCACACGUACAGCCACCCACCAACUCGACCGCCGGCCCGCUCGUCGACCUCUCCGCGCCUAGCCCGUCGUGCUGGCACGUGGACGACUUUGACCUCGCCAACACCAAUGCCGCAGCCGACGGCGGCCAGGCCGGCAGCAGCUCAGGCGCCGCGGGUGCGGGCGCCGGCUUCGGCGCUGCGCUCGGCGGGCUUGGUGGAUACAUGGGCUUAGCGGGCAAAGGCCGCAUGGCGGUUCUCCACGUCGACGGCGGCGAGGUGCUGUUCGUGCGCGACGGCACGGGCAUCUUUCUGGGCGCCGACGGCCGACCCACACGGCGCGAGGGCGUCGAGUGGAGUGCGACGCCGCAGGAGCUGGCGUUUGCCAAGCCGUACGUAUUUGCCGUGCUGCCAAGCGGCUCGGUGCCGUCGCUCAAGAACAGCUCGCUAUCCAACGCACACCAUCCCGUGCUCCAGAUCCGCUCUGUCGGCACGCUGUUCGCGGUGCAGACGCUGUGCUUCCCGCCUGCAGCCGCGUCCGGCGCGCCAAAGCCGGCAUCGAGUGCGUCGUCGCCCCCGCAGGUGCGGCUGCUCACGCCGUCGAGCGGCAACAAGCCACCGGUGUACGUCGUCGUCACGCCAACCGACCGCACCACGCUCGAGCGCGAGGGCAGCACCGUGUGGCAGCUCGAGAUGCACGGGUGGGGCCAGCAGAUCAACGAGCUCGUCGAGCAGGGCGAGUUCGAGGAGGCGCUCGGCCUGCUCGAUAGCGUCGACAAUGUGAUUCUCGAGGACAAGGACGAGCGCAGGGCGCACGUGCAGUCGCUCUUUGCGCUGGCGCUCUUCGCCGACGAGCGCUUCGACGAGGCCAUCGAGAUGUUUCUGGAGCUCGACACCAACCCGGCCAAGGUCAUCGCGCUGUAUCCGGCGGCGGUGGCGGGCGAGCUGAGUCGGAGCAGGGACGAGUGGUUCCCCAUCUUUGGCGGCAAGAUGCCCGCCAGGCUGCGUGGCGACGAGGCAUCGGUAGGCAGCCCUGCUAGCGGUUCGGGCUCGUUACCGUCGCAGACGCAGUCGCUGGCCACGUCGGCUACCAACGCGGCGAGGAGCCGACUAGGCGCAUUCCUACCGACACGGCGGCCGCAGAGCAUUGUCGGCGAGCCGCACGCCUCAAGCAGUCUCAGUUCGAGCCCGUCGCAAGCAGGUGCGAGCAAGCCAAAGCCGACGCGCACGACGACGGGCGCGACCACAGCUUCAUCGAUAGCAACGGCCAAGGCGGACACAGAUCAGCACGCCGAGGUGGCAUCGAUCCGCUCUGUCCGAACGACGAAAGACGCGCCCGAGAUGAAGGCGACGGGCUCGGCAGCGAGCCGAGACAGCAGAGGCACCACAGCCACGACGACCACCACCACGGCUACGGCUGGCACGAGCGAUGCGUCGUGGCGCAAGGCGCUGGAUGCGCUGGGCAAGUUUCUGGCGGAUCGACGCCGAAUCUUCAAGCCGAUCCUGGAGGCGAGUCCGCAGCACGAGAGCAAGGACCACAUGGCCAUGUCGCAGAUCAAGCGCGACACCAACUGGCUGCUGUCGCUGCCAAACAAGCCGUUUGGCGAGAUGGACAAGGACGAGCUGAUCGCGGUUGCGCAGACGGUGGACACGGCGCUAUUCAAGGUGUUCUUGCAGACCAAGCCGGCGCUGAUCGGCCCGCUGUGCCGCAUCGAGAACUGGUGCGAGGUGGAGCAGGUGGAGGAGCUGCUCAAGGAGCGCAGCAAGUACUCGGAGCUCAUCGCGCUGUACGGCGGCAAGGAGAUGCACAGCAAGGCGCUCGGCCUGCUCAGGCAGUUUGCCGAGGACGAGGAGGACGUCGAAGAGAAAGUGCGACCGACCAUCCAGUAUUUGCAGAAUCUGGGGCCCGAGUUCAUCGACGUCAUCGUCGAGUCGUCGCACUGGCUGCUCGACGUGGAUGCGGAGCUGGGCAUGGAGGUCUUCACGGCGGACACGGGCAAGGUGGGCUCGUGGCCGCGCCUCGAGAUUGUCGACGACCUGAACAAGUUCGACAAGCGGCUGUGCGCGGUGUACCUCGAGUACAUCAUCGACCAUGCGGGCGAGGCGGAUCCAGAACUGCACGAUAAGCUCAUUAAGCUCUACCUCCGCCAAGCCGCGCAACUCCAAGGCAGCGCGGGAGACCAUUCGAGCGGCAGCAUCGCAGCUGCGAGCUCGACGAGAGAGGACGGAGAGAGUCAAGACGAGGGCGAGCGAGCGGCGGUGAUGCAGAAGCUGCUGCGAUUCCUGCGCACAUCGACGCAGUACCGACCGGAGCAGAUCCUGGUGCGGCUGCCCGCUGACGACGACGACCGGGACAUGCUCGAGGCACGCGCGCUGCUGCUGGGCAGGAUGGGGCAACACGAGGGUGCGCUGAGCAUCUAUGUGCGCAAGCUCAAGGACCCGACACGUGCCGAGGCAUACUGUCGGGACGUUUGGCAGUACCGCGCUGCCAUGACAUCGACGUCUAGCGAAGCGCAACGCCAGCUGGCGCAGGGGAGCCGAUCGAACCACCAGCAGAGCCUGCUGGCGGACGAGGCGCAGAAGCAGCGCGCGGACUCGGAGGUGUUCCUGACGCUGCUGCGCAUCUACCUGGACGCGACGGGCGGCAAGGCGAUCCAGCUGGACGCUGCGCUGGGGCUGCUUGCGCGUCAUGCGGCGCGGAUCGAUCUGGGCGCGGCGCUGGCCCUGCUGCCUGCGACGGUGCCCGUGUCGCAGAUUGCCGGGUUCGUGGAUGUGAAUCUGCGCGAGCUGACGCGGCGGCAGCACGAGGCGCGUGUGGUGCGCGAGAUCCGCACCAACCGACAGUGGCAGGUCGAGGAGACGCUGUGCCGGCUGCAGAGCCGGCGCGUCAAGGUGGGCGAGUCGCGCACCUGCCCGCAGUGCCACAAGCGGCUGGGCAACAGCGUGGUGGCGGUGAACCCGGUGAGCGGCUCGGUGAUGCACUACUUUUGCUCCAUCCAUGCCGACGCAAAGUCGCAGCAGCAGCCGUGA